CUGCAGACGGGACGCUCCGCUCUCCUUCGCUGCGUCUGAAAGUGCUCGGCUGUGCGAGAAACUUCUUUAAAGCGGCAUCUUUUGUAUCAGAGCGACCCCGGAGACGUUCGGUGAGGCGUCGUGAUGAUGAUGAUGAUGAUGAUAACGCGCGUUUGUGCGGCGAUCGCGCUCGUGAUGUGCGCGUGCGGCGCGUGCGAGGCGGGAUGCGCGGACAGACCGGCACCGAGAUGCUGUCCGGGACGGAAUAACGAGUGCGUGGAGAGGAGCGCGAGGAGAAGCGUGUGUUACUGCGACACGUACUGCCUGAGGAGCGGCGACUGCUGCGACGAUUAUCAGACCGCGUGCCACAUCUCAGCAGCUAUAGACUGUGAGGUCCGGCAGUGGGGUCCCUGGUCUCCGUGUUCGUCCGUCUGUGGGGCGGGGACUACAGAGCGAAGCCGACAGGUAGCCACGCCCCCACGCAACGGAGGCACGCCCUGUCCCGACCUCAAACAGCGCCGCGGGUGUCUCGCACACACCGAGACCUGCAGUGCAGCUAAAGAGGUGGCCAAAAUCCUGCCUGACUCAUUCAAGCGGAACUUUAAGGACCCCUGGAGACGGCCGCACAUGCUUAUGAAGGAGGAAAAGAAGAGUUACUGUGUGCAGAUGCGUGUGAAGCAGGCGAGCGCUGCGUGUAAGGUGAAACCGUGGAGCGCCGGCUUGGUUCGCGAACGAUCCGUAUGCGUCGAAUGUCAGAGCGAUGCCAUGACGACCGAUAACCGCUGCUGUGGCGACGGGCUGCAGAACAUCAGAACCUUCUGGUCUGCUGCAUCAGCUCCGGGUUGCUCUGGGUCGUGGGUUCGAGAGUCAUUCACUGAGGACUGCCGGUGUCCGUCUUACUCCAUGAUUUUCGUCUGAACCAAAACACACUUUCAAGCUCAUUUCGAGGGACAUGGUUGCUUAAAAUGAUUCCACAGGAGUCCUGGAGAGCCUCCUACAUAUGAAGCCAAAUUCUCUCCAUCAAAAGUUAAGCAAUCUGUCACCUUCCUGUGCCUCCACCAAACCAACACACAACCCUGUUCUUCUGAAGCUCUGCUAUCUACCUCCAAAAUGCACCUGCACCCGUUUCUGAUGCCUUGGAUUAUAGAUUUCACUCUGUCCUGUUUUUCUACGCUCUCUUCUGAUUCAUACAUACUGUAUUUAUAUAUGUUUGAAUGUACUUCUGUGUGUCAGUGUGCGUGUGUAAGUAAUGUUGGCACGUGUUGCAUGUGUUUUGAAUGCAAAACUCGUUAAUGCACGAGUUGCUGAAAGACAAGCUAAUGUAUAUAAAUGUUUCUAUUUGGUAGUAUUUCGUUUUCUGGAGAAAAUCCCUUCUCUGUUCAUUUUCAAGUGUCCUGAUCUGUGCAAAACACUACAGUGCCUUAUGAAUGCCACUUUCACACGUUGACCAAAGUUGCUUUGACAUCAGCGUUCAUUUUGUUUGCAUGAUUUGAAAGCUGUAUUCGAAACUGCAUUCGAUUCUUCUUGAAAAUGGGAUACGUUUCCUGUGUUUUCAUUUGGUAUAAAAGCAAAGUGCCCUCAAUUGUGGUCGUGGACCACAACUGAUGACGUAUAAUUUGUCCAUCACAGUAUAAAACAUUUCUCAUUACUGCUGGUCUCUGCAGAAAUUGCCUUUCCAUAAAAUCCAAUUAAUUUUAUUAAAAUAAAUGUCCAAUUUAUUUAUUAUUACAGCAUCCCUGACUCUAAUAUAUAAUGACUUUCGCGCACACAUAUAGUAUAACAUCAGGACUGCACCAAAUUAGUACUUUCUAGAUUGCAAUUUCAUUGUAUUUUUGUCUUUAAGUAAUAUUUCAAUAGUUUUAUUGAUGCUUUUGUACGAUUUUUUUGCCUUUUGUUAUUUGCGAUGUUAUUCGUAUUCCCAUCACACAUUAAACAGUCAUUCGUCUCAGUUAAUUUUCUAUCAUUGCUUGCUUUUUCAGUGUCAUAAUUGACAUUUCAGUGUGAUUCUGAUGCUGUGGUUUGAGUAACGCAGUAACUGGCGUCACCGAGCCGUAGCAGGUAUUUAGCGUGCAUGUGCUCAUUACAGAUCAAAGGGCUCGUCUUGUUUACAUGCACCCGUCUGCACACAUGCUACGCUCACUACAUAUAUUUUGUGGCAUUUUUUGCAUGCUAGCUCAGCAGCAUGCUAAGUACAGUAUACUUCAGAUUCAGGUAAUCAUGUGUUGAUGUUCAGUUUGUUGGAUGGAAUUUGUCUGAAUUAACAACCGACACAGUUACUCUAACCAGUACUUUCUGCACUGCUUUACACUUCUACUUUAAACUUCUGCUUCAAUGCUUUAAAUGACUUUUGUAAAAAUAAAAAACUAACUUUUCUAAC